CUGCUGAUUCCACCCGCUGCUGCCGCUCCUUCGGCCUCCAGGAAGGAACUUGCCACCAUGCCCUACCCAUACCCAGCGCUCACCCCAGAGCAGAAGAAGGAGCUGUCGGACAUUGCCCAUCGCAUUGUGGCUCCGGGCAAGGGCAUCCUGGCUGCAGAUGAGUCCACCGGAAGCAUUGCCAAGCGACUGCAGUCCAUUGGGACCGAGAACACCGAAGAGAACCGUCGCUUUUACCGCCAGCUGCUGCUGACCGCUGACGACCGGGUGAACCCCUGCAUUGGGGGCGUCAUCCUCUUCCAUGAGACUCUCUACCAGAAGGCGGAUGAUGGGCGCUCCUUUCCCCAAGUUAUCAAAUCCAAGGGCGGGAUCGUGGGCAUCAAGGUCGACAAGGGUGUGGUGCCCCUGGCAGGAACGAACGGCGAGACCACCACCCAAGGGCUGGACGGGCUGUCUGAGCGCUGUGCCCAGUACAAGAAAGAUGGCGCUGACUUUGCCAAGUGGCGCUGUGUGCUGAAGAUUGGUGAACACACCCCUACAGCCCUCGCCAUCAUGGAAAAUGCCAAUGUGCUGGCCCGUUAUGCCAGCAUCUGCCAGCAGAAUGGCAUCGUGCCCAUUGUGGAGCCCGAGAUCCUCCCCGAUGGCGACCAUGACCUGAAGCGCUGCCAGUAUGUCACUGAGAAGGUGCUGGCUGCCGUCUACAAGGCCCUGAGUGACCACCACGUCUACCUGGAAGGCACCUUGCUGAAGCCCAAUAUGGUCACCCCCGGCCAUGCCUGCACGCAGAAGUUUUCCCAUGAGGAGAUUGCCAUGGCAACUGUCACCGCAUUGCGCCGCACCGUGCCCCCUGCUGUUACCGGGGUCACCUUCCUGUCUGGAGGCCAGAGCGAGGAGGAGGCGUCCAUCAACCUCAACGCCAUCAACAAGUGCCCCCUGCUGAAGCCAUGGGCCCUGACCUUCUCCUACGGGCGAGCCCUGCAGGCAUCU